AUUCCCGACCCUCCGCACCUCCCGUGUGGAUGCGGGCCGGGGUGCCUGACUGCGCGGGUGGCGAGAGCAGAUGCUGAGGGGCCGGAGGAGGAUGGAGAGCACCCUCGAUGCGCAGAGUUUGAUCAGUAUUUCCCUGCGGAAGAUCCACAGCUCCCGCACUCAGCGAGGCGGCAUCAAGCUCCACAAGAACCUGCUCGUCUCCUAUGUGCUCCGCAACGCCCGGCAGCUCUACCUGAGCGAGCGCUACGCCGAGCUCUACCGCCGCCAGCAGCAGCACUACCCGGACGGAGCCCCGCUCCUCGCCAUGCCCGCCUGCCCGCCGCCCCCCGCCCCGCCGGAGCUGCCGGUCCUGCCGCUGCCCGCAGACACGCAGGACCGCGAGGUGCGGAGCUGCGCGGCGGUGCGGGGCGGUGCGGAGCUGCUGGAGGGGCCGGUGUGUGCGGCACCCCCGGAGCUGCAGAGAGCGCCCUGCAGAGACUCGUCCCCGGGCUUCUACCGGGCCGCCGGCAGCGCCGGUCCCGGUGGUGGUGGUGGUGGUGGAAGCAGCGCGGCCCCGGGGCUGCUCUACGCUGCCGGUUGUGACUUCGGGACCGGGGGGGUACCGCACUGUAGCAGCCGCACCACGGUGCUGGAUUUGGACACUCACGUCGUGACCACGGUGGAGAACGGGUACUUGCACCAGGACUGCUGCUCGCAGUGCCCCUGCUGCUGCCAGCCGGUAGCGGGGCUCGCCUCCCCGCCGCCCGCACCGGGCACCAAGCGCAAGUAUUACCCGGGGCAGGAGGAGGAAGAGGAGGGGGUGGAGGAAGGGGAGCCGGGGGGAGGCGGGGUGGCGGGCGGCCCCCCCUUCGCCCCGUGCACCAAACGCGCCCGUUUCGAGGAGUACAGCGCCGAGCACCCCCAGGACUCUUCCAACAUCUCCAACUUGAUCUCCAUCUUCGGCUCCGGUUUCACGGGGCUGGUGAGCCGGCAGCAGGCGGACUCGGAGCAGCCCCUCAACGGGCAGCUGUGCGGCAAGCAGGCGCUGGCGAGCCUGGGAGCCUGGACUCGGGCCAUCGUCGCGUUUUAGAGAGGAGCGGGGAGCAAAGAGAGGGUGGGGGGGACACGGGGUUGGAAGCAGGAAGGGGGGGGGGGUUGGAAAACGGGGGUGCGAUCCGAGGGGACAGCGGCUCCGGAGUGGGGGGACCCUGAAACAAAGGCGGGGAGGGGGGAGGUCGGGGUGAGGGGAAGGGGGGUGUGGGGGGUGCCGAGGGGUGCGCAGGGGGGGUGGGAGGGCAGAGCCACGCUAGUGUUUUAUAAAUUGUACAAUAAAGAAACCAAAACCUGAGCCGUGGGGACUUUGUUUUUACAGGGGGUGGGGGAAACAAUCAGAGAAAGCAAACAAAAAAUGUAACAAACAAACGAAAACAAAACAACAGAAGCCAACAGCGGAGCCCCCACUUAAAUAAUCCUCUUUGUCCGCUCGGGCUCUCCCCGGGGCCGGUGCUACCGGUGGCAGCGCCACGUGAGAACCGGGACCCCCCCGGCCCGGCCCCGGGACCCAGCGCCCGGCCCCUCGGGACCCCGUUGCGGAUGCGGGGAGGGGGCAGCGCCCGCGGCCGGGCACGGAUCGCAGGGCAGGAACCGUCCAACUUUUCCUCCCCGUU